AACACUGAUUGCCACUUUUUUUGACCUUGGCAAUACUGCAUUCAAAUGUCAAUGUCAGGUUUACUGCAGAAGUGUCGUGUGAGUGCGUAUUGUGGUGUUUUAAAGUUAAGAAAUUCUCUAAGGCCGAUACACACGUACAAAAUGGCUGAUAAAUCUACGGACUAUUCAACGGCCAAUGGUUUUGAGAGUAAAACUCCUUUCCUGAUCGGCGUGGCUGGUGGUACAGCCAGCGGCAAGUCAACAGUAUGCCAGCGCAUCAUGGAGAAGCUUGGUCAGCAGCACAAAGAGCAGACGGAACGCCGCGUCGUCUGCAUCAGCCAGGACUCCUUCUACCGCACCCUCACCCCCUCAGAGAGGCUCCGGGCUGAACGGGGACAGUUCAACUUUGAUCACCCCGAUGCUUUUGAUGAUAAGAAGCUGCUGGCUAUUCUGAAGGAUAUACUGGCCGGAAAAAAGGUUGAGGUUCCGGAGUAUGAUUAUAUCACUAACUCUAUUAGCCCCCACCGCUCGCACACCAUCUACCCAGCUGACGUAGUGCUGAUUGAAGGCAUCCUCGUGUUCUACUUCCCUGAGGUCCGCGAACUCUUCCACAUGAAGCUCUUCGUCGAUACUGACUCCGACACCAGGCUGGCUAGGAGAGUGCCCCGCGACAUAAUGGAGCGCGGUCGUGAUCUGGAGCAGGUGCUCAACCAGUACAUGAACUUCGUCAAGCCUGCCUUCGAGGAGUUCUGCUUGCCGACCAAGAAGUUUGCUGACGUCAUCAUUCCCAGGGGUGCUGAUAAUCUGGUGGCUAUUGACUUAAUCGUGCACCAUAUUUGGGAUAUCAUGUAUAAGAAGAGGGCGUCGCCUCCGAAGGUCGUGAAUGGAUGCAAUGGACACCAGGAGGUGGAUGAGACCAAUGGCAGGCGGAUGUCUGGCAGUUCCGAAGACACUCUCAGCCGAUAGUGCUAGGAGAACACGGUUUGUGACUUUGUUAAGUACUCGUCAGUUUGAUUAAAAGCUGAAUACUGAAAUGCCACUCAAUUUUUGAGGACUGCUUAAACAUCAUUCUGUAUCUGUAUCACUUAGGAAAAUUUUUGCGACAAAAUGUUUUAAGUAGAACUUAAAAUCAAGUAACAAUUGAGUUUAAUUACUUAAAUGUCGCUUAAGUUUAAGUUUUGUGAAGUGAAAGUUGAAAAAUUGAGUGACAUUUCAGUAUUCAGCUGUUCAAAAAAACUUUAUUUUUCUUUGACAUGCUGUGCCCUAGUUGGUUGAGUAUUACAUAAAAGUUUCUUUUAUAUUCAGGAAUAGAUAAAAUAGAUACCAUACCAAGUUAUUGACUAGAUAAAAAACAUUAAUUUUCCUGACGCUAAUGAUUAAUGAUUUUAAUUUCUAUGUAACGAGUACUUAGAUAUAACAAAGUGACAGCCGAGCUCCGGCCUCCGAGCGUAUGUCCCAGUAGUUCACACAACUUGAGUUGUAAACUUGUAACCGAUUCUAUUGAUUGUAGCACACGACUUAUCUUCAAUAACUAAAUAUGUAAUAAUAAAGCUUUAUUUAAUUCCACAUUAGUAAAAUUUACACAAUCAAAUGAUUUUUGGCAUGAUUCCGUUUACUUAACCAAUUCUUACGAAUGAUAAACUUCAGAACUAAAUAUGUAGGUAAAUACCUAUUUAUACAGAUUCAAAAUAUGCUAAAGUAGCUUCUUCUUUGAAAAAAGGUUUGUAUUUCUCUUGUCUCUGAAAUUUUGGUUUAUUUUUAUGCCAUUUACGUUCCUAAUGUGACUAAUAAUAAUGAUGUUUGGUUAACAAAAUUUUAUUUAAAAACGUCAUUAUAAAGCUAUUUCAAAAUAAGUGCUGUUAUUUACAUAAUUGACGAAGUAAGAUGGUCACAAUCAUUUCAGUUUUUAUUUUCGAUUAUUUUUUUAAGAUAUCUUGUGUGCUGCAAUAAAGGUAUUUCUCCAAUAUCCAUGUGUAAGUAAUGUUAUAGUUAAGGUCCAUUAUUGUUUAUUAUAAGGCUGAAGCUUUUCAAAGCAUAUAGUUUAAGUAUAUUCGUACAGCGUGUUCACAAUAUGUCAGUAGUUAUGGGGAUAUAGAAAUGUUUUAUUUUUUAAGUUCUGUUUCAUAGUUCUAAAUUUGUAUGCCCCAAAAACCUAAAGAGAUGGUUUGGGAUUGUUGGAUAAGCCACGUGAACCUUAAAUGUGGUCACCUAAUGUCUCGAAGACUACGUAAUUUUUUUUUUUCAGUUAUAGUAGUGGUAAUAGUGUAGUUAGCCGACUUUUUUUUUCUAACUACUCCAAAAAUCAUCAAGUAACCCCUCCCGCUGUGGGUUAGCAGCGGUGAGGGAGUGUCAGACUCUGACUGACUAAAUACCGUCGUGUUCCGUCGUAGGCCUUUUAUGUACCGGGGCCGCGGUAUCUCUUUCGAACAAUUCCGCAGCCCCGUAGUUAUUAGAUAAUCUUCCUAUUGCAAAACAAAUGUUUUCGAAUAGCCAAUUAUCUUGCACAAUAGAUUCAAAGUUUUACCUUAAAUAUUUUUAUAUCUCCAUAGAAAUAUUUUUAAUAGUUGUCCAGAACGCUACACAGGGUUACAAAUGUAUACUUUGUAACAAUUGCCCCAACAUUGGUCGCCAAUAUAUCAUACAAAUUGUUAGAUAAACCAAUAUUUGUUAUUUGGACAAACAUUUUUACCAUUUCCUUUAUAUAUUUUUUGUUUAUUGGGAAUUUAAAUGUAUUGGUAGACUUAAUUUUGACGUAUAAUAAUUUAAGUUUUUUUUUGUGAUAAGGUAAAUAUGUACUAAAUUAUGUAAGGGUUAAAAUGGUAUAUUAAAAUUGUGAUCAGUAUUUAAAAAUACGCCAUCAAAAUCUAAUUCGUUAUGUUCUUGGUCGAAUUUAUUAUUAAUGCAUUUUUUUAAACUGCCCGUUUUGAAAUAGAACCGAAUAUGUAUAUUUCGAAUAUUUUUGGUACUUUAGCCUUUUUGCUCGAACCGUAGCCCAAAGGCUUUUAAGCAUAAACACAAUACAUAGACAUAAUAGUGGAAAUAGAUAUAAGUUUUAGUUUUUUUAGCUAAUUUCUAGAUUACUGAAGUGUUUAUUCUAUUAUCUUAUUAAAACUACGUAUUUUAGCGCACAAUGUUAUUAUAUACACGGAACCUUAUAUUAUUAUUUUAUGUAGUAUAAUUAAUUAUUAUUUUACCUUUAUAUCGCGUGUUUUAUAUUGAAAAACUACUUUCCAAUAAAAUGUCUCAAUUAUUAUAAUAUAUAUUUUGCUCCGUGCAAUAAUUUGCGUUUAAAAUUGUUAUAAAUGUUUAGAUUAAGACAACAGUUACCGAUGCCUUUCACAAAUGUUGAACACCAAUAGCUUUUAAAAUAGAAUCUAUUUUUCCAUUGACGAAAGAAAUAUAUUAUAGAAAUGUGCUGUUUUUUAACACGCUUUUUUGUUGUAGACACAAGUUGCGAACUAUAAGUACCUACUACUACUGAAAAUAUGUAAUAUAAUCAACCUUUUUGGUUCUUAUCCUGACUUUACACGUUUUUUCGUAAGAAUUACGUAACUUCCGUAAGUUGUUAGAAGUUCUAAGGCUGGAAACAGUGCUCGGCUGACGGUCAGUGCUGACCGUACGUCUCGACCGAAUCACAUACCAAAUCAGUGUAGCUGUGUGCGCGUUCAUAGACUUGCACAGACAUUGCUACGUCGACCACUGUUUCCAGCCUUAGAAAGAAGUUCAUGUGUAAAGGCGACCCUAUGCAGCUUUUCUGUCAUAAUAAAAAUAUAGUUUGCCGUAGUCCCUCGCAAACCUGUAGGUAAUAUUUUACAGACUGAUACACAAUAUUAGAAAAGACUCGCAUCGAUAUGUAUCAUGUAGAAACUGAUAGAAUUUACAUUGCAUUAAAGAUUAGAUACAUCCAACUAUUAUCAUCUUACACCAUCUGUUUCCGCAUUUAAUUAUUGAGAAAAAGUAUUCGUUUCAAAUAUUUAUUAUUAUAAAAUACUAAGGCCAUGUCCGCACAGGCAGGCUUGCUUUAGUAAAACGAACGUUCUAAAACAGACCGACCGAACAUAGUGCUUGGCACCUAUCUAUCUGGUCGCUUGGCGUGCAUCCAUGUAAAUGAAAUUGUUGGUUUUUUUUUUCAGCGAAAAGACUCCCUAAAAUCUAGGCACUAAGCAAGCUUCCUGCCUAUGCAGACAUGGCCUUAUUCUUCUCAGUAAAUCUUUCAUAAGCAUCUUAAAAAUAUAUCAAUAAAUUAGCAGCAAUAAAAAGUAACUAAAGUAUAAAUACGUUUAUGAUAUGAUGAUAUAAAAGUAUGUAAUAGUAUAUAGUAUAAUAGGUACCAAAUAUUGAGUAAAACUAGAAACAGACGGUGUGGCCAAUUCCAAUGUUUUAAUGUGAUAUAAUAAAAACGUAGUGGAAAACGUAAAAAAAAAACGUAAAAUUGUAUGUAAUAUUGGACUUAACGCGGAUUUUUAAAGAUUUGUAAUUCGACAAUUGAUGUUUAAAAAAAAAUGUUUACCUAUUCUGAACUUUGACAGGACGUAGCUGACCAGUGGUGCCAACUAGUGGCCACUUUGUUAAGCUGCAAGAAAUACGCGUUUAGUCCAAAAUAUCUUAGUAAUAAAAUUAACACCUAGUAAAAUGUUAUAAAUUGUAUUGUUUUGACUUAAUUUCGUUUGUGAUUUAUUAUUGACUGAAAGUUUUUUUAAUUGUUUUUGAAUUCAUAAAGUGACUAACAUCAAGGGAAAAGUGAUCAGAUGUUUUAAUAAUUGUCACUAUAACAAAAUAUUUUACUGUUUUUUUAUUUAAUACCUGGUCAUUUUUUAAUGACAGGAAUGAAAUCCAUUUUCUUAUACAAGGCAGAUGCAACAUUUAGUUUUUAAACCUAAAGGUACAAUAUUAUUUACCUUAUUGAUUCUGUUGUUCCUAUGCACAACCGCUAAUGUAAGCACAUAGAGCUUCAGCAUUUUACGUAGCAUUUAUAUACAAUGAUUUAUAUGUAUGUCCCAAUCUAUAUACCUUUUUGUCUUGUACUUGAUAUUUUAAUGAAACUAAAAUUGUUUUGUGUAAAACAGCCUCCUCUCUGAAUACUUCAAGUAUUCCAUUUUUAAAUAUUGGCGCGAAAUUAUGCGUCAUUUAUUGCAUUUUUGAAAUCAGGUGACAAUUUUAAUUCAUUACCAAGUCUGUAUGACUUAUUAAUGGUUUUAAUUUGAAAAUAUUUGUUAAUUUGUCUAGUGCCUUUCGUGCACCCGAGCUGCGCUAACCUAUUCGGUAUAUACCUUCCUACAUUACAUAUUUUUUGGCUGUUUUAUACAUAACAAAAUACAUGUUAUCUACAAUUACGUAUUCUGCACAAAAAUGUAUCUGUAUAAUGUUUAUUGCUAUCGUAUUGUAUAAUUUCCAACAAUGUAUAAUUGAAACCAUUUAUGUAUAUUUUAAUGGAAUAAAGUGUUUGCAAACUUGA